CUCAUAGAUGCUGGUGCUGAUGUAAAUGCUCCUCCUGGUUCUUAUGAUAGUACUGCCCUGCAAGCAGCUGCACGCGGGGGCCAUGAAGCAGUUGUGAAGGAGCUUAUGGCUGCUGGUGCUGAUGUAAAUGCUCCUCCUGGUUCUUAUGGUACAACUGCCUUGCAAGCAGCUGCACUCGGGGGCCAUAAAGCAAUUGUGAAGGAGCUCAUAGCUGCUGGUGCUAAUGUAAAUGCUCCUCCUGGUUCUUAUGGUACAACUGCCUUGCAAGCAGCUGCACGCGGGGGCCAUGAAGCAGUUGUGAGGGAGCUCAUAGAUGCUGGUACUGAUGUAAAUGCUCCUUCUGGUUCUUAUGGUACAACUGCCUUGCAAGCAGCUGCA